AUGAAAUUUCGCUUUUACAAAAAGAAAUUAAAAUUAAAUAAAAAAGACCUAAUUAAUUUAACUCUUCAUUAUUAUAUGAUUUAUCCAUAAGUUGAAAUCAUCAUUUUAUCGUUAACUAAACAUAACUCGGUAAAGAAUCAUAAAAUGGUUUGUGUGCCCUGCUUUAUUGUUCCUGUUCUGCUAUUUUUGUGGCACAAGUUUAUUCAGCCCUACGUCCUAAGGUUCUGGAACCCUUGGGCUGUGAAGGACGCUGAUGGAAACGUCAAGACACAGGUUCCGUUCAAAUGUGAAGGAGGAGUGUGUGUUUUUGCACCCAAAAGUAAGAAAGAAAAAGAAACGACGGAUCAAGAUGCUCAACGAGAAUCGCUGAAUGAAACGCGACCCACAGAUAGAUUAAAAGCAGAUUAAAAUAAUUAUACAAUUAAUAUGACAUUCUGUAUAUUUUGAGACAUCCAAAAUGCAAGUUUAGUUGAGGUACACAAAGACAACAGGUUGCAUUACCCAACAUCCUUGACCUUACUUAAUAUUAUAAAAUUUAUUAUUUAGUAGUAUGUAUGUUGAAUUUGUUGCAUAUGAAUAAAUAAAAUUGCAUUUAUCAUUAUUUAAUUUCAAUACAA